GUGAAACCUUUGCUUAGUUGUGGUAGAGUUACUGUCAUUUUUUGGGGUGACUUUUUUGUUGUUGAUUCCCCGUCUUGAAUCGAUUGAAUCUACAUCUAGCCGGCAUGGCUUCACGGAAGAGAGUCCACGGAGACACCGACACGCAGGACGGAGUGAAAGCCGCUCAAAAGCAGCCAAAGGCGGAUGGCAAUGAACACGUAGCCGCUGUGAUCCUGGCGAGAGGAGGAAGCAAAGGGAUCCCUCUAAAAAACAUCAAAAUGUUAGCAGGGGUUCCUCUCAUUGGAUGGGUGCUGAGGGCUGCUGUGGACACCGGCAGGUUUAACAGUGUGUGGGUAUCAACAGACCAUGAUGAGAUCGAGAAGGUGGCAAAAUCGUGGGGUGCAAAGGUGCAUCGCAGGAGCCCUGAAGUAUCCAAAGAUUCUUCUACGUCACUGGACACCCUCCGAGAGUUUGCCAUGCUCAACCCAGAGGUGGAUGUGAUCUGUAACAUCCAGGCUACAGCCCCGUGCCUCCAGCCGAAACACGUGGAGGAGGCGUUGGACAUGAUCACAAAGCAGGGCUUCGACUCGGUCUUCUCCGUGGUCCGGAGGCACCAAUUCCGCUGGCAGGAGGUCAAGAAAGGAUCUAAUGACCUCACCAAAGCACUUAAUCUGGACCCAGCCAACCGGCCUCGGCGUCAAGACUGGGAUGGAGAACUGUGUGAGAACGGUUCCUUUUACUUCACCAGGAAAGAACUCUUAUUGAAAAAAGGACUUUUGCAGGGUGGUAAGGUAGCCUAUUAUGAGAUGCUGCCUGAGUACAGCGUGGACAUAGACGUGGACAUCGACUGGCCUGUGGCAGAACAGAGGGUUCUCAGGUAUGGUUACUUUGGUCCGUCCAAGCCUGAGGUGGUUCAGCUGAUGUUCUGUAAUGUAUCCGGGUGUUUAACAGAUGGAAGGAUGUUUUUGUCUGCAUCCGGAGAGGAGAUGGUGUCUAUUAAUACCAAAGACACUGUGGGCAUCCGCAUGCUGCAGAAAGAAGGAAUGAAGGUUAUACUGUUGACCUCCAGCAAAGACCCAGUGGUCCAGUCAUUGGCUGACAAAGUGGCCGAGAGGACGGGUUGCCAUGUCGUUAAGGUGGGCGAGGAGCCUCAGAAGGAUUUGGAGAAGACUCUGAAGGAAGAGAAAUUGGAUUGGAAGGACGUGGCAUACAUGGGUACUGAUGAGCCAGAUGUGCGCUGUCUCAACCUGGCAGGAUUGAGCGCAGUACCUGCAGAUGCCCCAAUGGUAGCCGUUCAAGCUUCAAAGUACACCUGCCACACGGCCGGAGGACUUGGAGCCGUCAGGGAGUUUGCCGAGCACAUUCUCCUUCAGAAAAUAAAAGCAAAGUCUCAGAUGAUAGAUUAGAGUAACACCUCGACCGCAUAAGCUUCUGAUUUCAAAGAAGAAUUUAAAAUGAAAUCUACAAUGGAAGGGUUUUAGAGGUAUAGUAAUGUUAUCAGAGAUGCAUAUCUAGUUUUAGGGUUGAUUUCAAUAAUUCACUCUGUUUACAAUCAAGUUGUUUUGGUAUUACUAUGCAUGUUCUUCAGUAGUUUUAGUUAAAAAAAAUGCUGUGAAUAUUCAUAAUCAGAAGUCAUUGAAUAUUUGACAAGAUAUCGAUUCACUGCUGAUAGACAAAACCCCCUGUCACCAAAACCCAAAAUACGAGGCGAGAAACUGCUGUUGCUCUUGCCUUAAAAAAAAAAAGGACCCAUGAAAUAAUACUAGAUUAUACUAACAUAUCUGCUAUUUGCAAAGCAUGAAACUUAAGUUCUUUUUUUUCUCCUUUUUUUUUAACAAAGCCAAAUAGUGUCCCCAAAUCCUAAGUGUCCACACAGGUCCUCAUUGAUGUUAUGAAGCAGAAAACAUGUUAUUGUAAGAGACCUUUUUAAUAUUUAAGAGUAACUUGGUAUUUUUUACUGUAUGUAUAUGAGGUAGGAUUUUAAACCAAAAUAUUAAAUGUAUCACUUUUUGAUAAAUCUUCUGUUCUGUCUGAAGCCUUACAUGUCACAUCUUUGUAAACCUGAGUGUACAUGUCAAACUGUAUGUACUCCAUCGUUUAUGGUGCUCAUGUGACCUUCAAGUGGCAGUUAGGCAGGCAGCAUAUUUGCUUUCUUGCUGCGAGUUAACAAAAUCUGCCUACCAGCACUUCUAAAGCUCACUAAUUAACAUGUUAUAUCUCACUUAUUUAAUUUGCAUAGAAACUGGAUGACUAAUACAACAAGUUUUGUUCCAAUCAAACAAACACGAUAUAAUAUGUGUAUAAGUGGAUUUUGUUAUUUUUGACAGAACCAGGCUGGAUGUUUCCUCUUGUUUGCAGUCUUUAUGUUAAACUAAGCUUCACCCAGUGCUUAAACUUCUCAGGCACCAUAGAAGUUUCAUUCAGUACAUUGUACACUUUUCCUCCUGGUCAUCUCACAAAUCCAGCAAACAUAAGAGUGGCAUAAAUUUUUUUCCAUCUCACUGUUGGG